AUGUUGUCGAGAUUAAAUUUUCGCCAUAGUAAGAUAAAACACUACAUAUAAUAAAUUACAAUUAUUAUAUUGUAAAUGUUGCAUUUUAUAUCAUUUCAAUGUAACAUUUUUGCCAUUGUCAAAUAAUGUUAAUUAUUUCGUUACCAUUAUGUAAUAAUGAAAUAUUACUUGAAUGAUAUUUUGCUUCUAGAAGAUCAUAAUACAAAUUUAAUUUUUAAAUUUCAUUUCGUGCAAUAUGUUUGAAUUAAAUUGUAAAAUAUAUUCACAUUUGACACUUUGAAUCAUAACCAAAUUUUUAAAUUAUUCAAUUUCAAAUAGGCUGGUAGAAAAUAGUUUUGAACUUGUAGUUUUCCUAUUUCUAUCAUUUAUUUUGCAGUUCCUUCACAAUUAAAAGCUAUAGCUGCUUGUGGGAUUCAAACAAGUGCAGUUAAGUCAUCUAGUGAACCACGUCCAAAACGUCCUAUAGAGGCACCUCCAGUUAGGUUGGGAUUCAUUCCAGAUGAAUGGUUCCAACUCUUUUAUCCUAAAACUGGUGUAACAGGUCCAUAUGUGUUUUUAACAACUUUCAGUACAUAUUUAGUUUCCAAAGAAUGGUAUAUUCUGGAAGAUGAAUUUUAUACUGGAAUUUGUUUGCUUUCUUUAAUUUUAUAUGGUUCGUAUAAAAUUGGACCGAAGCUUGCAGCAUAUUUAGAUAAAGAAAUUGAAACUAUUGAGAAUGAUCUUAAUAGUAGUAAAGAAAACUCUAUAAAAGAAUGUAAUGCUACUAUUCAAGAUUUAGAAAAGAAAAAAUGGUCUGCAGAAAAGCAGUUGAUGAUCUAUGAUAUUAAAAAACAAAAUGUUUUAAUGCAGUUGGAAGCUAAUUAUAGAGAAAAUUUGGCAAUUGCUUACACAGAGGUUAAAAAGAUCCUUGAUUACCAUAGCCAAAUAGAUGGCAUAAAUCGCAGAAUUGCCCAGAAACACAUGGUUCAAUGGAUAACAAACAAUGUAUUAAAAGCUAUUACACCUGAGCUAGAAAAAGCUAAUCUUCUGCAGUGUAUCAAAGAUCUUGAAACUCUUUCAGCGAAAUCUUAA